AUGCCAAGGGAAAUCAUUACUUUACAAGCAGGCCAAUGUGGUAAUCAGAUUGGUAGUGAAUUCUGGAAGCAGAUCUGUGCAGAGCAUGGGAUCAGUAAUGACGGUACCUUGGAAGAUUUUGCAACAGAAGGUGGCGAUAGAAAAGAUGUGUUUUUCUAUCAGGCCGAUGAUGAACAUUAUAUACCACGAGCACUUCUACUAGACCUUGAACCAAGAGUGAUCAACACUAUCAAAGCUGGAGCAUUCGCGAAUUUAUACAACCCAGAAAAUAUAUAUACUUCCAAAGACGGCGGUGGUGCAGGAAACACAUGGCCGAAUGGCUAUACACAAGGCGAAAGAAUGUGUGAAGAUAUACUGGAGAUGGUGGACAGGGAAGCAGACAAUAGUGAUUCAUUAGAAGGUUUCAUGUUAUUACAUUCUAUCGCAGGCGGUACUGGAUCUGGGCUUGGGUCAUUCUUAUUAGAAAAACUCAACGAUCAUUAUCCAAAAAAACUCAUUCAGACUUAUUCAGUCUUUCCCAAUUCUGAAGAAGUAUCCGAUACAGUCGUUCAACCUUAUAACAGUAUGCUAGCGCUUAAAAGACUCACGAAUAACGCAGAUUGUGUGGUAGUAUUAGAUAAUGCUGCUCUAGCGCGUAUUGCAACAGAUCGAUUACACAUUCAUCAGCCUACUUUCGAACAAACCAAUCAACUUGUAUCCACCGUCAUGUCAGCAAGUACUACGACAUUAAGAUAUCCAGGCUAUAUGAAUAAUGAUCUCGUCAGCAUUGUGGCAUCUCUAAUACCAACACCUCGUUGUCAUUUCUUAACAACAGCAUAUACACCAUUUUCGAGUGAACAAGUUGAGAAGGCUAUCUCAGUACGAAAAACAACAGUAUUAGAUGUGAUGAGGCGAUUAUUAGGACCUAAAGCUCGUAUGGUUUCGACAGGAUUAUCGAGAACCAGCUGUUACAUAUCCAUCUUGAAUAUUAUCCAAGGCGAUGUGGACCCUACUGAGGUGCAUAAAUCUUUACUACGCAUUCGAGAACGAAGAUUAGCUCAGUUUAUACCAUGGGGUCCUGUUAGUAUUCAAGUGGCCCUAUCUAAGAAAUCACCCUAUAUCCCCGCAGAGCAUCGUGUGAGUGGCUUGAUGCUGGCUAACCAUACUGGUAUCACCUCUUUAUUUCAGCGUACAUGCGAUCAAUAUGACAAACUGAAAAAGCGAAAUGCAUUUUUGGAACAAUACAGAAAAUACAGCAUGUUCGCGGAUGACUUGGAUGAGUUUGAGGAUUCAAGGAAUGUUGUGCAGGAGUUGAUUGAUGAAUACCUGGCAAGUGAGACGCCGGAAUAUGUAAACUAUGGUUUAAACGCAUCACCAAUGGAAACAUCUUAA